AUGAUUCUCUGGUUCUUUCUGUUGGGUUUGUGCCUUUGUGUUUAUUGUGAUAUUGAAAAGUUGGAUAGGCAUUUCAAUUUAAAUCCUCAUAAUCCCGAGUUCACUCUUCCAGAAAUACAACUUGAGAGUCAACUUCAUCUAUACUUCAAAAAAAUUGAUAGCAACCAUGAUGGUUUCAUUGAACAUAACGAGUUAACGGCUUGGAUUCAUAAAACUUACGAAUCUUUGGAUCGUGAACAUGCUGAAAAGCAGCUUACAAAAAUUCGAUAUGAUCAGUCAUCGAAAUUUAUUCUAGAGUCCUUGAGAAGUGAACGAUCACGUUUCAACUUUGCUGAUAAAGACGGUGAUGGGUUGCUGGCAUUAGACGAGUUUAUUAUGUUCCUCCGACCUGAAAACUAUGAAGAUAUGGCAAAUUAUGAAUUACAGAGAAGUUUUUCUAGCUUUGACCAAAAUGGCGAUGGGAUGAUUACUUUGGAUGAAUUUACCAAUUUCUCUUAUCGCGGCAUAUCACAACAGAACUAUCUUGAUGAACAGUUUAAACUUUUAGAUGUGGAUAAAAAUUGGAUACUGACUCCGAACGAGUUACGAUCGUGGUUAUUACCUUCACUGAAAUCAGCCGCACAAUCUGAAGCAACACGUUUAAUGAAUCUGACCGACUCUAAUCAAGAUGGUAAGCUAACAUUGGAUGAAGUCUUGGCUAAAUCACAUUCUUGGAAGGAUAGUCAAGUUGUUAAGCACGCAAGAUCAUUAUGGGAUGAACUGUAA